ACUGUUUUUACCAAAUCCGACGGAGACGGCAUUCACUAAAAAUGGUUUUCGUGAUUGGAAACGCGCCGAGGAGAAGCGAAAGGGCUUUCACCAACAUCAAUCUUCGAAUGAUCAUUUGAAAGCAAUGGGGAUUUAUGAAGAAAGGAAAAUGCGAAAUCUACACGGCUGCACAGUUGUAGCAUCUCUCGUGUCAGAAGCAGUGGUUGUUUGCUGUUUUCAACGUAUCAAGAUACUUAUGUGCAAAUUCCCUCCCGUUUCGUGGCACGAAUGAAUUUGAUAUUGACGCAGGAGAUGGUUUGUUUUUAAGGGCUUUUUCUCAACUUUUGUCCCAUUGGAAGAAAAAUGGAAGAAAAAUAGAAAAUCCACAAAAAUCUUCCAAGAAACGCUUAGUACACUUCUCCUGAAUCCUGAUAUACAGGACGAAGUGAUCGAAGUACUAGCUUCCAUAGUGAAGAAUAAAAUUGCUGACGACGUACAUAAAGCGGAAUUGUUUAUCAUUAUGGCAGAUGGUACCACUGAUAAAAACAGAAAGGGAAUCCAAGGCCUUGUUUGUCGCUAUUUAUCUUACGAAGGGAAAAUGGAUGAGCAUUGUCUUAACGUGAAGGGAAUCGACGAUCGCUCUGCUAAAGGUAAUUUUCAAUUUUAUCAAAGAAAGCAGAAUUUGAAAUCUCAGUCGACGGUCUUGUAUCGCAGUCUUUUGAUGGCGCUAGCGUAAUGUCUGGGGACUAUAACGGACUGAAAAAGCUUGUUGGUAAUUUCUGUGAUCGGUACAUUUUAUACAGUAUGUACACUGCUUGCAUGUUAAUGAAGGUGUUGAAACCAAUUGAUAUUAUUGUCAAACAUAUUUCAUGCAGCAUUAGAGAUAGUCAACAAUGUCGAAGAAGAUAUCAAAUCGGAACGCGAAACUGUCACGAACGAGAAGACUAAGGUCAAUGAUUUUUUGGAAGAUGUUAGAGUCACAACAACCAAUGGAGAGCAACCUCAACCCAGAAGAAACACAGUGCAAUUCCCUCUCGCUACUGAAAACCUCUAG